UGCGGACCGCCAUAAUAUUAUAGAAGAAGAAGAAACCAAACAAUGCAGUGCAACAAUGUGACAACUAUCCCCAAAGGGCUACUGCAGCUUUGAGGCAGUUUGAGUAGCAUGAUGGACAGCCUGUACUAUGUCCCCAAGGUGGCAGAGCUGAUGAACACAUCAAUGGGGCAGUACCUCAAUGGCCACCCAUUCUUAGCCAUGGCUGUGUUGGUAUUUGGCGCCAUGGCCACUGUACCCAUUGGGAUUUUCCUGACCUUUGCCACUGUUACAUUCAUUGGUGCCACUGUGGGUUUAGUUUUAUUGGAGGUGUUUCUGCUAUCCCUGGGAGGGGUCAGUCUGCUGUGUGUGCUCUCUGCUCUGGCCAUCCUCUCCAUCCUGGUCUCCUUGGUCCUCGGUGCCUGUUACAUUACCUCUUACAAUGUGCUCAACUUCUACUACAGCCAGCGUGUCAGUAGGUACCGAGUCUAUAGGUUGGAGCCUGCGACAAAUGUAACAGUCAUGGAACAAGAUGGAGAAGAAGAUGAAGAAGCCUAUGGGAAGCCGGAGGUAUAAGGAGCUGCAGCGUCAGUGAUGGAGAUGGCCUUCUACAGACACAAUUGUAUACUGAUCACUUUCACUGCAGUCCUCUCACUGGCAGAUAGAGGUUCCUCUAGACUCGAGAACUAGAUAGAGUAAAACCUCAGGUUGACUUUUCAUUAAAGGCCCAAUGCAGCUGUUUUUAUCUCAAUAUCAAAUCAUUUCUGGCUAAUAAUUAAGUACCUUACUGUGAUUUGUUUUAAAUUAAAACAAACAAAAAUUGCUUCUUAGCAAAGAGCAUGUUCUCAAGCAAUAAUUGUUUAGGUCUAAGUGGGGAGGGAAAAACUGAACAAUAUCUGUUAUUGUCAGAGAUGUUUGGAACUCACUUUCUUAUUGGUCUAUUAACUAAUUUAACGCCAAGUGAUGUCAACAGGCAGCCCACCAAAGCAGGCUGAAAUUUCAGGUGGUCUUUUCAAACAGCUCUUGCACUGAAAGGGCAUCAUUUUCACAAUUGCACAGUAUUAUUCCAACAUCAUAGUCUGGAAAUAUUUAUAAAACAGAAAAAUCAUGUCUUUGACUGCCCUGGGCCUUUAACUAGAAAAAUCUAUUAUCCAAACAGCCCAAUGGAAUCAUCACCAUUGAUACAAGUAUUAAUAUUUCUUUAUAUGAUUCUGGAGGUUGUAUAAUUUCACCUGACAAUGUAGGCACAUUGAUUGUUGAUUUAUUUUAUUGCAUUAUAGCAUUUGUACUAAUAUCUCUAUUUUCUUGAUCUUUCUAAGGGUUAAGAGUACAAAAAUGUAUAUUUUAUACAUAAACAGUUGAAAUUCAAGCUGCUAUCGGUUGCUAGUCUGAUUGUCAGAUGUUACAUGCAAUGAAUGUACCUUGGUUUUUAUUGUCCUCAUCAUUUGCAAUGGAGAGGGGACUAAGAACCUGUAAUGGUAGAAAUGAUUUGUUAAACAAAGCCCAUUUAGAACAUGACAGAUGACCAGGUAGCAGUGCAAAUAAUAUACAUGUUACUACUACAUUGUAUUUGACAAUAAUCUGUGUAUUCUGUAAACAAUGUGUACAUUUGCCAAAGAUUUCAUUAAAUGUGUUAAUCUAGUUUUGAUCCACAUAGGAUUAAUAACAGGUCAGUCUUUUACGUUUAAAAUCUGUGGUCCAUUUGAACAGUGGGAGCUAGUUUCUGUGACUAAGGUCAUGUCUGUUUUUGUAAACCAGAAAUGUAAAGUAUGCACUAAUAGAGAUGAUAGUGACUGAUGAUUUGUAUCAAAAAUAAAGUGUUUUUAUAUGUAUUCAA